AUGGAGGACCAGAACAGCACUGGCAGCAGGAGGCUGGGGACCCUGGCUGGCCUGGGCCCUCAGCCUGUGACCCAUGGGGCACCCUCCAAGGUGGGCUCGAGUUUUCCAUUCCCAGUGAAGGGGAAAGCAGCCCCAGUGUCCUCGGAACCAAGGUUGGCUCUCAUACCUGUGGGACCACAAGCAGCUAUAUCACCUUCAUCAGAGGGACCAAGGCUGACUCUGGCAUCUCCCCGAUCCAUCCUGUCUACUCCUGGGGUACAGAAAACAUCACCUGCCCGCCACAGUUCCAGCCUGGCUCCAACAUCUGUCGGCCAGCUAGUGUUAUCUGCCUCGGCUGGGCCAAAGCCUCCCCCAGCAACCACAGGCUCCGUCCUGGCUCCCACCUCCCUGGGGCAGCUAGUGAUAUCUGCUUCAGCAGGGCCCAGGUCUCCCCCAGCCACUCUGGGGCCCAGUCUGGCUCCUGUUUUUAGGGACCAGAAGCAAGUGUCCCCCACCUCCAUGGGACCCAAACCAGCACUGGCUUCUUCGGGCCUGAGUCUGACCCAGGCUUCUGAUGAACAGCCCCAACUGGCCUCCUCUAGCCCCUCCCCAGUGCCUAGUCCGAUUCUGUCACCCUCUCAGGAACAGGCCAGCACCCAAAACUCCAUGGCAUCAGCCUCAGCCUCUGUGGGAUGGACACCUGCUAGACAAAGAGGCACCCCAGCACCUAGCUCUCUCCCCUCAACUGAAGGGCAUCUCCAACCUCUGGUUCAGGCACCUGGUCCUGUAUGCUCCUCAACCCAAGCCCAUCCAGGUUCCAGAUUCUCAACCUCCUUCCGAGCCCGACCUGAGGCCUCCCACAACAGCCCAGAAGACCCUGUCCUGCCUCGGCCACCCCACACCCUGCCCCUGGAUGUGGGCCACAGCCCUCCAGAGCCUGGCACCCGCUCCCCUGGACUGCUGUCCCCCACCUUCCGGGCGGGGAGCUCCUCAGCCCACACAGUGCCUCCACCUCUGCCCAAACCACCCCGGUCUCCCAGCCGCUCCCCAAGCCGCUCCCCCUGUGCUCCCCUAGUCCCUGAGGUAGCCGUCCCCAGACCUGGCCCCCAAAGUGCAGGGCCUGGUGGACACCGAAGCCCCAGUUUUCAGCCUCAAGAAUCUCCAGCCCCAGUCACCACCUCGCCUCCUACAUCCACAUCACCGUCCUCCUCUUGGUCAGCACAGCCUACCUGCAAGAGCGACCCUGGCUUCCGGAUCACUGUGGUCACGUGGAACGUGGGCACUGCCAUGCCCCCCGACGAUGUCACGUCCCUCCUUCACCUGGGCGGCCGUCAUGACAGCGACGGUGCCGACAUGAUCGUCAUAGGGCUGCAAGAAGUGAACUCCAUGAUCAACAAGCGACUCAAGGACGCGCUCUUCACGGACCAGUGGAGCGAGAUCUUUAUGGACGCGCUGGGGCCCUUCAACUUCGUUCUGGUGAGCACCGUGCGGAUGCAGGGCGUCAUCCUGCUGCUGUUCUCCAAGUACUACCACCUGCCCUUUCUGCGGGAUGUGCAAACCGACUGCACUCGCACCGGCCUGGGCGGCUACUGGGGCAACAAGGGCGGAGUGAGUGUGCGCCUGGCGGCCUUUGGGCACAUGCUGUGCUUCCUCAACUGCCACCUGCCGGCACACAUGGACAAGGCGGAACAGCGCAAGGAUGACUUCCAGACCAUUCUCAGCCUCCAGCAGUUCCAGGGGCCCGGCGCUCACGGCAUUCUUGACCACGACCUUGUGUUCUGGUUUGGAGACCUGAACUUCCGCAUCGAGAGCUAUGACCUGCAAUUUGUCAAGCUCGCCAUUGACAGCAACCAGCUCCACCAGCUCUGGGAGAAGGACCAGCUCAACAUGGCCAAGAACACCUGGCCCAUCCUGAAGGGCUUCCAGGAGGGACCCCUCAACUUUGCACCCACCUUCAAAUUUGACGUGGGUACCAACAAAUACGAUACCAGCGCCAAGAAGCGGAAGCCAGCCUGGACAGACCGUAUCCUGUGGAAGGUCAAGACUCCUGGUGGGGGUCCCAGUCCCUCAGGACGGGAAAGUCACCGGCUCCAAGUAACCCAGCACAGCUACUGCAGCCACAUGGAGUACACAGUCAGCGACCACAAGCCCGUGGCCGCUCAGUUUGUGCUGCAGUUUGCCUUCAGGGACGACAUGCCCCUGGUGCGGUUGGAGGUGGCAGACGAGUGGGUGCGGCCAGAGCAGGCUGUGGUCAGGUACCGCAUGGAAACGGUGUUCGCCCGCAGCUCCUGGGAUUGGAUCGGCUUGUACCGGGUGGGUUUCCACCACUGCAAGGACUACGUGGCUUAUGUGUGGGCCAAACAUGAGGAUGUGGAUGGGCACACCUACCAGGUGACAUUCAGUGAGGAUUCGCUGCCCAAGGGCCAUGGAGACUUUAUUCUGGGUUAUUACAGCCACAACCACAGUAUCCUCAUUGGUGUCACUGAGCCCUUCCAGAUCUCUCUGCCUACCUCUGAGUUAAGCAGCAGCAGCACAGACAGCUCGGGGGCCAGCUCAGAGGACGAGGAUGACAGUACCCUAGAGCUGCUGGCACCCAAGUCCCGCAGCCCCAGCCCUGGCAAGUCCAAACGGCACCGUAGCCGCAGCCCAGGCCUGGCUCGUUUCUCCAGCCUCGCCCUGCGCCCCUCAUCCCGAGAACGCCAUGGUGCCAGCCGCAGCCCCUCUCCUCAGAGCCGCCGUCGGCCCCGGGUGGCUCCUGACAGGAGCAGUGAUGGUGGCAGCCAGGGCAGUAGUGAGGAAGGGCCCUCUAGGCUGCCUGGGCCCUGGGCCUUCCCACCAGCUGUGCCUCGAAGCCUGGGCCUGCUGCCCGCUUUGCGCUUGGAGACUGUAGAUCCCAGCAGUGGCAGCAGUUCUUGGGGACCUGAUCUGAAGUCAUCGGCUCCCAACAGCCUGUCUCCCAGCCCCCAGGGCUGGCAGGGUCUAGAGGAGGGGGGCCUGGGACCCUGA